UGCACCUAUUCUUCGUAUUCGAAAUACAAUUAAAAAUCAUCUACUUAAAAUAAUCCACAACCUAAAAUUAAUUGCGUAAUUACGCUAGCUAUACGCACAUCGACAUGAGCAACUACGCCGAGAACAAAGUGUAUCCGCCACCAGCCACCGGGUAUCCGUCAGAACCGCGGGGUAGUUACAUGGUUCGGCCGCCUCCAGUUGGUUAUCCGAUGAAAGACGGGAACCAGAGCCAGGCGCCGGCUACGGCCACCACCACCCAGGCCAGAGGUGAUGGUUUCUGGAAAGGAUGUUUUGCUGCCCUUUGCUGUUGCUGUUUGUGUGAGGCUUGUUUUUGAGGACAUUAUUGGUCGAUAUUCUUCCUAUACCUUUGCUAAACGUUCCAAAUCCAAUGUAAAUUGGGAAAGUUCUUUCCUAAUUUGUGUAAUAUAACUCUAGUGUGUAAUAAAAUACCGUCCGUUUG